AUGGACCGAAAGAUUGAAAACAAAUCAAAUGGAACAAUAGAAAAUGAACAUAAAGAAACUACACCAUUGGCUAAGGAACAGAGCCGACCAGGGAAGCUCGUCAUGAUGUUCCUCAACACAGUUCUGGUGGUUGUGACAGACCUUUGGGCUGGACUGCUUGGUAGUGCCAUAUUCAGACACCAUUUUCACCUCUUGUUGUGGUUCUGUUUGGACCAGUAUUAUGGAGAUUCAAUGGGCAUGAGCAUGAUAUAGAAUAUUGGAGAGAGUAGAUACAGUGAGGGAAAAAAGUAUUUGAUCCCCUGCUGAUUUUGUACGUUUGCCCACUGACAAAGACAUGAUCAGUCUAUAAUUUUAAUGGUAGGUUUAUUUGAACAGUGAGAGACAGAAUAACAACAAAAAAAUCCAGAAAAACGCAUGUCAAAAAUGUUAUAAAUUGAUUUGCAUUUUAAUGAGGGAAAUAAGUAUUUGACCCCUCUGCAAAACAUGACUUAGUACUUGGUGGCAAAACCCUUGUUGGCAAUCACAGAGGUCAGAUGUUUCUUGUAGUUGGCCACCAGGUUUGCACACAUCUCAGGAGGGAUUUUGUCCCACUCCUCUUUGCAGAUCUUCUCCAAGUCAUUAAGGUUUCGAGCUUGAUGUUUGGCAACUCGAACCUUCAGCUCCCUCCACAGAUUUUCUAUGGGAUUAAGGUCUGGAGACUGGCUAGGCCACUCCAGGACCUUAAUGUGCUUCUUCUUGAGCCACUCCAUUGUUGCCUUGGCCGUGUGUUUGGGUCAUUGUCAUGCUGGAAUACCCAUCCACGACCCAUUUUCAAAGCCCUGGCUGAGGGAAGGAGGUUCUCACCCAAGAUUGACGGUACAUGGCGCCGUUCCAUCGUCCCUUUGAUGCGGUGAGUUGUCCUGUCCCCUAGCAGAAAACACGCCCAAAGCAUAAUGUUUCCACCUUCAUGUUUGACGGUGGGGAUGGUGUUUUGGGUCAUAGGCAGCUCCUCCUCCUCCAAACACGGCAAGUUGAGUUGAUGCCAAAGAGCUCGAUUUUGGUCUCAUCUGACCACAACACUUUCACCCAGUUCUCCUCUGAAUCAUUCAGAUGUUCAUUGGCAAACUUCAGACGGGCAUGUAUAUGUGCUUUCUUGAGCAGGGGGACCUUGCGGGCGCUGCAGGAUUUCAGUCCUUCACGGCGUAGUGUGUUACCAAUUGUUUUCUUGGUGACUAUGGUCCUAGCUGCCUUGAGAUCAUUGACAAGAUCCUCCCGUGUAGUUCUGGGCUGAUUCCUCAUCGUUCUCAUGAUCAUUGCAACUCCACGAGGUGAGAUCUUGCAUGGAGCCCCAGGCCGAGGGAGAUUGACAGUUCUUUUGUGUUUCUUCCAUUUGCGAAUAAUCACACCAACUGUUGUCACCUUCUCACCAAGCUGCUUGGCGAUGGUCUUGUAGCCCAUUCCAGCCUUGUGUAGGUCUACAAUCUUGUCCCUGACAUCCUUGGAGAGCUCUUUGGUCUUGGCCAUGGUGGAGAGUUUGGAAUCUGAUUGAUUGAUUGCUUCUGUGGACAGGUGUCUUUUAUACAGGUAACAAACUGAGAUUAGGAGCACUACCUUUAAGAGUGUGCUCCUAAUCUCAGCUCGUUACCUGUAUAAAAGACACCUGGAGAGCCAGAAAUCUUUCUGAUUGAGAGGGGGUCAAAUACUUAUUUCCCUCAUUAAAACGCAAAUCAAUUUAUAACAUUUUUGACAUGCGUUUUUCUGGAUUUUGUUGUUGUUAUUCUGUCUCUCACUGUUCAAAUAAACCUACCAUUAAAAUUAUAGACUGAUCAUUUUUUUGUCAGUGGGUAAACGUACAAAAUCAGCAGGGGAUCAAAUACUUUUUUCCCUCACUGUAAAAGUUACAUUCUUUCUCUCUUAUUGUUGGUUUGUGAUAAUGAAUGUAUUGUUUAUGCUACCUGACUUCACACAGAUAAUAUUCACCCAGUAUCCAUACCAUCUAGUUCUGUCCUGAGCUUUAUAGCCAUCUUACAUUUACUGUAUAAGUCUGCUUUGAAUUCUCUCUCAGGAUGUCCCUGUGAUCGUGCUGGGGUUGGGCCUGUGUCUUCACAGGCUCCUUCAUCUUCCUCUUCUCCAUCCGUUGAUCCCCCUCUCUCUCCCUUCGCCACCUCCCACGGAUAGCUGUCAUGGGAGCGCUGUGGUGAUGCUGUCACCAUCUCCUGACUCUGCUGGAGAACGCAACAGGUAGCUGCUACAAGCCCAUGCCUGCUAGCCCAGAUGGGGGCCUGAAUCUGGGCCAGGGAGCCAGUGUCACAGGGCAGUCCUUACUCUUGCUCCAUGAGGGCGAGAGCAAGGCCUCCUGCCUGAAAUCGGGCAUGCUGUGGCGAGGCUGGGAGGUCUCAGAGGACACCCUCCUCCUCUGCCUCUGCUGCCUGCUCCUGGCCGAGGAGACUGCCAUAUUGGGGCCCUACCUGGCCCUGGGAGGGCCCCAUGGGGCCUGCUCUUCCUGCUCUGUCUCCCCCUGCUGGGCCUGUGGCUGUUCAUGCUGCUCUGUCUGCUGGCUCACUUACCACAGUUCCCCUCCCAGCUGCUGGGGGGAGCUCUAG